ACAACAACAACAAUAAUAAUCAUAAUUAUAAUAAUAAUAUUAAUUAUUUAUUAUUAACUAAUUCAUUCAUUCAUUCAUGAUUUGGUGCUAAAAAUUGGAAUGGAUUGUUUUUGAACGUCAUGGAUUCGUGUGACCUCUGAAGUCCGAUCGCAACAUCUCUUCCACUUGUCACCAUUUAUUAGAACCGCCGUUCUUAACAGUUGAAAUAAAAACUGUUGGAAUGGAAGGACCGGCACCGGCUUCUCCUUCAAAGAGGAUGAAAUCAACUGGAUGGGGGCUAGUUACGAUGGCGUUUCGAGUGCGGAGCUCUAAGUACCGCCAUAUUUUUGGCAGUCCUUAUAGAAAAGAGCUUUGUUAUGAAAAUGUUCAUAUUACCAGAAAUGCCCAUGACAGCAAUUUCUGUGCUGUGAAUCCCAAAUUUCUGGCAGUUGUGAUUGAAGCCUCAGGUGGAGGAGCAUUUUUAGUACUUCCAUUGGAAAAGACUGGUCGUGUUGAUAUCAAUGCUCCCAAAGUUACUGGUCAUGCUGGAACAGUUUUGGAUAUCAAAUGGAAUCCAUUUGAUGACAAUGUCAUUGCUUCAGCUGCUGACGAUAACACGGUAAAAGUUUGGCGGAUUCCCAACACUAUGCAUAGUAACCUGACUGAGUGGGCAGUUGACCUUCAUGGUCAUCAACGUAAGGUUACAAACAUUGAAUGGCAUCCGACCGCUUCUAAUAUCAUUCUCAGUACUGGAAUGGACCAUAAGUGUAUUCUGUGGAACGUGGAGCAAGCUGAGCCUCUUAAUAUCAUUAACUGCCAUAAUGAUACUGUGUUCUCAAUAACUUGGAACCGGGAAGGUAGUCUUUUUGCUACCACAUGCAAGGAUAGAAAGAUCAGAGUACACGAUCCGAGAACCGCCCAAGUUGCCAUCGACGGAACUGGCCAUCAAGGUGUUAAAGCCUCCAAAUCUGUUUUUCUUGGAGACACAAACCGGAUCUUCACAACAGGUUUCUCAAGAUCUAGUGAGCGCCAAUAUGCUAUCUGGGAUGUGAGAAACAUGACCAAAUCUUUAAAAACUGAAGUAGUGGAUUUCUCCAGUGGAAUUCUGUUUCCAUUUUAUGAUCAUGAUAGUAAAGUGAUUUUCCUUGCUGGCAAGGGUGAUGGUAAUAUUAGAUACUAUGAAAUAGUAAGUGCUGCCCCCUAUUGCCACUAUCUCAAUCAGUUCCAGUCUUCAUCUCCACAAAGAAGUUUAGGAAUAAUGCCAAAGCGUGGCUGUGAUGCUAAGCGCUGUGAAAUUGUGCGGUUUUACAAACUUCACACUGCCAAAGAUCUGGUGGAGCCAGUUUCAAUGAUUGUUCCUAGGAAAUCUGACCAGUUCCAAGACGAUAUUUUCCCACCAACGGCCAGUUGUGUUCCCUCCCUCACAGCUGAUGAAUGGAUCAGUGGACAAAAUAGAGAACCAAUUUUAGUUUCACUCCAGGAUGGUCAAAUGACCAAUUGCCCUCCAAUUACAUCUGCCAAAGCUGUUCAAAAACAGGAUGGAGCCUUAAAGCAAACCCCGACCAUCACCACUUUCAAGGCUGUCAACCGUCCUCCAUUGGCGCGUUCGUCUACAUUACCUACAGCUCAGGUUCCUCCUAGUGUUAACACAGAAAUUAAUAAGGAACCGGCAUCUCUGAAAAACAUAAAAAGACUUAGCUCUAAUGAUGAAUUUGUUACUUUAUCAAGUGAUCCUGCGAAUAACACCUGUACUAUUGAAAACCAUGGGGAAGGUGAUGUGUCAACAGCCAAGGAAUCUGUUAACAAAACCCCUGAAAAAGUGAUGAGGAAGUCUUGGGCUCCGUCGUCUAAUUCUAGUUCUGCUGAUGAUGUCACAUCAAAUGGGAUUGUUUCAUCGUCACCUGUCGAUAAUUCUCUGCCAUUUGACCAAAAUCUUAUAGAAGGCAGCAGUCAAGAAAUCGCUGACUUGCUUCAAUCAUGUCACUCUGAAAAUUUAACCGAAAUAGUCGAUGCAGAAUCCAAAAUUGAUACAAAAAAUGGUCUGGAACCAGAAAAUAUUCAUUCUACAACUGCUGUCUUUAAGUCAAAUGUUAAUUUGACAUUUUCUUCUGAAACUAAAUCAGUUGAAAGUGAUGAACGAAGAAUCCAUGUGAAGAAGGUAUGGUCCCCAACUCCCAUCUCUCCUUCAAGCCUGGAGAAUGGGACCAAUCAGCUUGAUGCUGAGCUACGCAAAGCCUACUUUCAACAAGUGGAAGAGAUCAAAAGCCUUAAGGAACAAAUGUCCAUGAAGGACAAACGGAUUCGGCAACUGGAAGAAGAAAUCUGCUCAAUCAGGCAACGAGUGAACAGCGGUGAAAGUGAAAGUAACUGCUAAAGUCGAAAUCCCUUUCAGGGUCAAGUAACAACACCCCGUGGAGGGAUUAAACUGUUUCUGAUGAUGAUAAUGAUGAUGAUGAUGACAACAACCGUUGAAAAAGUUAACUUCUGCAACUGACUUUCUCUUACUGACGAUGAUGAUGAUGAUGAUGGUGAUGCACACACAAACAAAUUCUUACUAUUGACUAAUGGGAAUAUUUUAGACAAUUAGUUGUUAUUAUUAUUAUUAUUAUUAUUAUUAUUUUAUUAUCAUUAUUAUUAUUAUUAACUAAAUAGACUUGACCAAUGCAUCAGUUAAGAAUGCACCUCACUGCUGUAUGACAUUGUGGCCACUAUUACAAUUACCACCACCACCACAACCACCACCAGUACAACUUAUAGAUCAGUUAACACCAACAAAUGCUCAAUAACAACUGAUAAAACUAAAAAAAAGGACUUUGGACUGGAUUUAUUCAAUUCUUUCUCUUGUCCUCGUGUUUUUAGUUUUUCUCUCAUUUUUCUUAUUUUCUUAGUCCUCCCCGCCCCAGCCCCUCACUUCUCUUUUUUUCUUUCUUUGUAUCACUUUUGAUGUUUUACUUAUUUGUAAAAAAAAAAAAAAAAAACUAAGCCUGUUCUGAAGUUCUGAGAUCACGAAAUUUAUGAAGGAAGAAUAAACGAAAUAGCCACGAAAUUACUGCAAGAAGUGGAAUAGUUGUGAAAUUCUGACAGUAAUAAUAAUAAUAAUAAUAAUAAUGAUAAUUCAAUUUUAUUAUUUGUCAUAUUUAAUUUUUUUAAUGAAAAUAAAAUAGAAUAAUUUGAUAAAAGUCCUUCAUAAGGAUAUUUUAAGUUUCAUCUUAAUUCAGUUGGGCCUGCCCCACCCCCCAUCUACCAUAUGAUCCCUCCUCCCCCAUAUACCACAUAAUAUUCCUUUCCCACCUUAAAAAAAGAAAAAAAGAAGACAUUUCUAUGUAUUUAUUUAUUUUUUUCUUUCUGUAUUUGCAAAACAAAAAUAACUGAAAAAUUUGUACAAAACUUUUUGCUGAAAUGUGUAGAAUUGUCUGCCAAUCUUUCUCUCUUACAAACACACACACACACACACACACACACACACUGCUGUACAUAUUGCACCCACAGUGCCGCCCCCUCCCAGUCUUGUUAAUCAUAAACACUCUGCAGCUAGCUUUAUACCUUCUUCAGUUGACACUACUACUACUACUACUACCACUACAACACUUCUGUGUAUAGCCAUAGAGUUGCAAUAUGCACACCUAGCCAAGUAUUGCACACAUACACACACACACAUACACAUACACCAAGCUGUAUUGAUAUUUGUUUUUUCUGUGAUUGUCAGAGUAAACUAAAACAUUUAUCUUUUAAAA